ACAAUGUCAUAAGUAACAAAAAUUUUGCAACAAAGACAAAAAAUCUUAAACUCGUAAUAGGGCUCCUAGAGAGCGUAGAUAUAAUAAAGGCCUUGCUGUGUUAGAAAGGAAAUAGCCGCAUGUGUUUGUUUCUAGAUAAUAAACCCAAUAUGCGGAAGAAUGUUAGAAACUAUUAAAAUUUCGGUCUGUUAGACGUAGAAGAAAAAUAUGUUGUAAUAUAUUUAACCCCCAUUUACCCUCGUACUAAAAAUAAAUGACAUUUUUCAUAUCUGAUUUGAGCCUUAAUCAAGAUACAAAAAGCUGCUAGGAAAACAUGGCACCCACUGUCAGAUUAACGUUCAGCUUCUUCUGACCUGAUUAUCGCGCUUUUGUUUACUGUUUGUUUUACGGACUUUGAAAGCAGACCUACAUAAAGCGGCAUUCCUAACGCAGCCCCACUUAGAAGCUGCUAGGCAUAGGUAAUCAUUCUGAGGUAAACUGCAACUAUUUUUAGGAUACAGGUUCCGCUUAGUUUAACUAAUUACACCUUACACAUUGCGUCCCCUUAAACACGAAAGCAUUUUAAGCGGACGAAAUACAGGUGUCUGCUGAGUGAUUUGCCUUUUAAAACCUCCCCGCAAGAUACCAGUAAGUAUUCGAACAAUCUUAGUCGUAUUAAUAAGUCAGAUGGGGGACACAGUUAAAAUACAUAAAAUGUUUGGAAGAGAAUUGCUAAGGAAUUCCAACUAUGACCGUAAUAAGCAAAUAUUGUACGAAUACAAUCAGCUGUGAUUAUGCUUAUUUUGUAAUGAUAAUCGGCUACCGGAUAUUUUGUUGUCAUUGUGCUAUCAUACACGUAGCGAGAAGGACGAAUCUGAAAGAGUUGCUGUUUGCUUGCGACAGAAUACAUUUUCAUUUCAUUUCAUUCAGGAUGUAUGAGGUCAGACAGUUUCACGGACGCAGUUCAAGAAAUGAAAGAGGACAUAACAUGAGCUCACUUCUUGCUAUAUUUAUCAUCAUCUGUAAUCUUGCUAGCUCUGGGUAUUGCAGAAGUGUCAAUGAAAACACUUUCACUAAGGAAGUACAAGGAAACGACCACAAUGAUGAUGAAGAAUUUGAUUGGCAGUUAUCGACCGACAACAUUGACUUUUAUAAAGUUCUACAUGGUUUAGACUUGGAAGACAUAAUUAUGUUUUUAAAGAAUGCGCCGAACGAUGUGGAAGAUAAAACAACUCCAGUUAAAACACGACAAAAGCGAUCAGCAGCAAUGAUAUUUGGUAAAGAUGAUCGAAAGCAAAUCACAACAUCAUCAGAUGCAGAGGUUAUGCCUUACGCUGCAUCAGUCAAAAUUUCGACUGGUUGUUCAGGAACACUGAUUGGUCCAAGACAUGUUCUUACUGCAGCCCAUUGCGCAUACACAGGAACAAAAAGGAAGACUAAAACAAGACUAAAAGUUGGUUUUCUCCACAUGAGUGGCAGAGUUCGUUGGCGAAAAGUGCGCAAGGUAUACGCUACAAAGGAAUGGCAUACACUAACAAAACAAAGUCGGUUGAGAUACGAUUAUGCUGUUUUAGAGCUACGGCGAGAACACAAGCGACCAUACAUGACACCUGUAGCUUUCCACAGAUCACAAGGUUCAAAACUGCAAUUCAACGGUUUUCCAGGAGACAAGAAGGCAAACACAAUGUGGCACACGCGUUGUAAUAUCUUCAGAGAGUGGCGUGGAUUCCAAUUAAAUUUUUGUGACGUCGCACCGGGAAUGUCUGGUUCAGGUUCUUAUAUAUGGCGUGACAGAAAUAAUUACUUUGUAAGAGGGAUUGCUAUAGCUGCUGUAAAAAUUCGGCAAGGACACAGAAUAUACAGAUUCAAUGUCGUCAAUCCACUGACACGAGAGAAGGCGAAAUCAAUAUGUAAAUGGAUGAGAGCUGGAAACAGUUGCAAAUCGUUCAAAUAAUACUCAUGCACUAUAAUAAUAUACACAUGCAGGCAGACAUAGCAUUAGUCUAUGCAUGGCUAGCAAAAUCUUGGCCACGACCAAGUAAAAAAGUGCAUAAGGAGGUAUAUAACCACGACAAGUAUAUAUGCACAUCAUUAUGAGCUAGUGUGUAUCAUAGCCGAGAACAUAUCGCGUCAAAAUGACAGAAAUGAGUGACAAUUAUUUAAUUAGAGGACUAUAUAGUGUACGUUAUUAGAACAUCAAGAAUAAAUGUGAUUAAUGUAUAGUUUAAUGAACGCGUCAACUGCAUGUGAAGUCUGGUGAAGAACGAUCUCUGAAAUAAUCCAACAUAAUUAUAUAGCGGACAUACUUUGUUUUUAUGCAACAACUAUUCGGACAAUAUUUUACUUUUUCCAACUGAUGCGGUAUCCGUGUGCUUUGGAGAAUUAUAUAGAAAAAAAUGUAACGAUUAGUCAACCUGAUUCAGCUUGCUUUUGGUCAUCUAACAUGAAAACAAUUUAUAGCAAUUAAUUAGUGAAUUCUUUUAACGGCCAAAAUAUACAUGUUUUAUUUGAAAAGAAAAUCGUCUCGGUUAUGCAAACAUCGCUUUUUUAUCACAAACACAGCGACUAAUGCACGCCGGACUUCACAACGUUCAUAGCUACUGUGACAAGAGUAUACAUAUAACUUGUGCACAUCCCAUAUGAAUUUUGAAUUUGUUUCCAAUUAUACGACAAUAGUGUAUUUUCUCAUUCCUAAUAUAUAUUAUAUAUUAUAUAAAUAUACGUGGAAAUACUUUUACAAAAAGAUCUAUUAAUUUAAGGACAUUUAUGCUGGUGUAUAAAAUUAUCAGUUUUCAUGCAGUCAUUAUUAUCGCAAGUGUGAUUCUUGAUUAUAUAAAGAAUAGUGAUAGCAUUGUUUCUGCAGUUACGUAAUUCCUUAAAAUAUUAUGUUAGCAAUAUAUAAAACGUUAU